AAAGUUAGUUUCACACACCACUACCCUGACAAGCUACACUCCACAUUGAAGGCACAGAUUCACAUACUCUAUUAUAUAUACAUCUCCACGCAACCAGGGUUGCGUCAACGUAGGCGAGUUUGUUAGGUCAAGUGAUCCGUGUAUUUUGAGUUAUUGAUUUGUGAUGGCAGCGUCGAACGGAACGGAGUAUUAUGAGGUGGACAUGGAGAUGGGAGGCGGCGGCGAUCGUUUCGCAUUGCCGUCGAACGCCGAAGAGGUCGCAAGAGACGAGGACGAGCUUCUCUGGGCGGCGAUGGAGCGCUUGCCGUCGCAGAAACGGACUAAUUUCGCCGUGUUGAGACGAGAGAUUUCAGAGGCUGAAGGAAAGAGGGAGAUUCGGACUGUCGAUGUUCGGAAACUCGAUCGGUUUAAUCGUGAACUUGUGGUGAAAAAUGCGUUGGCUACAACGGAUCAGGAUAAUUAUCGGCUUCUCGCUGGAAUUAAAGAACGUCUUGAUAGAGUUGGAAUAAAGGUGCCGAGUGUAGAGGUGAGGUUUGAGGAUAUAACGAUUACUGCGAAGGUUAAGCUCGGUUCGAGAGCUUUGCCGACUCUGAUAAAUUAUGUUCGUGAUCUGUGUGAGAAAGUCUUCACUGGCUUGGGAAUUUUUCGUUCAAAAAGACAUCCGCUAACUAUCCUGAAUGAUGUCAAUGGUAUCAUAAGACCAGGAAGGAUGACAUUGCUUUUGGGGCCUCCAGGUGCGGGUAAAUCCUCCUUGCUUUUAGCUCUUGCUGGGAAACUUGACAAGACCCUAAAGAAAACUGGUGAUAUUACAUACAACGGCCACAAGCUCAAUGAGUUCUGCAUUCAAAGAACUGCAGCAUAUAUAAGUCAAACUGAUACUCACAUUGCAGAGUUAACUGUGCGAGAAACAUUAGAUUUUGCUGCUCGAUGUGAGGGUGCAAGCGACGGCUUUGGAGCUUAUAUGGAUGAACUUACACGACUGGAGAAGGAAAAGAAUAUUCGACCGAGUCCUGAAGUGGAUGCUUUUAUGAAGGCAUCAUCUGUUGGAGGUAGAACUCACAGUGUUUCGACAGAUUAUAUAUUGAAGGUUCUAGGUCUUGAUGUAUGUGCGGACACAGUUGUUGGUAGUGAUAUGCUUAGAGGAGUAUCAGGUGGUCAGAAAAAAAGAGUCACCACAGGUGAAAUGGUAGUUGGGCCAAGAAAAACACUUUUUAUGGAUGAAAUAUCAACAGGACUUGAUAGUUCUACAACUUUUCAAAUUGUUAAAUGCCUACGCAAUUUUGUUCAUGAAAUGGAAGCCACAAUUCUUAUGGCUCUAUUACAGCCCGCGCCUGAGACCUUCGAUCUGUUUGAUGAUCUGAUCUUAUUAUCUGAAGGAUACAUGGUGUAUCAAGGCCCUCGAGCAGAAGUUGUUCAAUUUUUUGAGUCAUUAGGUUUUCGUUUGCCUCCACGCAAGGGAGUUGCAGAUUUUCUUCAGGAGGUCACUUCAAAAAAGGACCAAGAACAAUAUUGGGCAGAUUCUUCGAAACCAUAUGAAUUUGUGCCUGUUCAGAAGAUUGCAGAAGCAUUUAAGAACUCCCAAAAUGGAAGGUCUUUGAAGUCUUCCCUUUCAGUUCCUUACGAUAAAUCCAAGAGCCAUUCUUCAGCUCUAGCUAAAACAAGGUUCGCGGUAUCAAAACGUGAGCUGUUCAGAGCAACCUUAGCCAGAGAAGUUCUUCUGGUUAAAAGGCAUAGUUUUCUUUAUAUUUUUAGAACAUGCCAGGUUGCAUUUGUAGGAUUUGUUGCAUGCACAAUCUUUUUGCGAACAAGACUGCAUCCUACAGAUGUGUCAAAUGGGAACCUCUACCUCUCUUGUUUGUUCUUCGGGCUAACACAUAUGAUGUUCAAUGGAUUUUCUGAGCUGUCACUAAUGAUAUUCCGGCUGCCAGUUUUUUACAAGCAAAGAGAUAACUGUUUUUAUCCAGCAUGGGCCUGGUCUUUUUCUAGCUGGAUACUACGUGUACCUUACUCAGUUGUUGAAGCUGUAGCUUGGUCUUGUGUAACAUACUACACCGUUGGAUUUGCUGAUUCACCUGGAAGGUUUUUCCGCUACAUGUUUUUACUCUUCGCAAUGCAUCAAAUGGCGUUAGGGCUUUUCCGGGCAAUUGCUUCUAUAUCACGAGAUAUGAUCAUAGCAAAUACUUUUGGGUCUGCUGGACUACUAAUCAUAUUCGUGUUGGGUGGAUUUAUAGUUCCCAAAGACAUGAUUAAGCCAUGGUGGAUCUGGGCAUAUUGGGUGUCACCUUUAUCCUAUGGGCAAAAUGCUAUUUCAGUGAACGAAUUUACGGCGAGAAGAUGGAUGGAGAAACCUGCUGCUGGAAAUACUACACUUGGGUCUUUCAUUCUUCAUGAACAUUCUAUACCAAAUCAUAAUUAUUGGUAUUGGCUAGGAGUUUGUGCCUUGCUACUGUAUGCUGUUUUUUUCAAUAUACUAGUGACUUUGGCAUUGACAUACCUCAACCCUAUCAGGAAAGCACAGACAAUAAUUCCUCUGGAUGCUGAAGCAGAGAAUUCAGCUGCAACUGAUGCAAGCAGCCAAACAACGCAUCUAAACCCCACUAAAAAUAAGGGAAUGAUUCUUCCGUUUCAACCGUUAACAAUGACUUUCCAUGAUGUUAAUUACUUUGUGGAUAUGCCCAAGGAAAUGCAGUUGAAAGGUAUACCAGAGAAAAAAUUGCAACUGUUGUGUAAAGUAAGUGGGGUCUUUUCACCUGGAGUUCUUACUGCAUUAGUUGGGUCAAGUGGGGCUGGAAAGACGACUUUAAUGGAUGUGCUUGCUGGUAGGAAGACAGGCGGAUACAUAGAUGGUGACAUUAGGAUAUCUGGUCACCCUAAAGAACAACGUACUUUUGCAAGAGUUUCGGGGUAUGUAGAACAAAAUGAUAUACACUCCCCUCAGGUUACAGUUUUCGAGUCACUUUGGUUCUCUGCUAGUCUCCGCCUCCCAAAAGAAGUGACCAAAGAGAAAAGACACGAGUUUGUUGAAGAGGUAAUGUGUCUUGUUGAGCUUGAUAGUCUAAGAAAUGCUUUGGUUGGGCUUCCAGGCAGCAGUGGUUUAUCCACAGAACAAAGAAAACGAUUAACUAUAGCUGUAGAACUUGUCGCAAAUCCUUCUAUAAUUUUCAUGGAUGAACCUACUUCAGGACUUGAUGCACGGGCUGCGGCAAUUGUAAUGCGAACAGUUCGUAAUACUGUAGAUACUGGACGGACGGUGGUUUGUACCAUACAUCAACCAAGUAUUGAAAUAUUUGAAGCAUUUGAUGAGUUACUUCUGAUGAAACGAGGCGGGCGAGUAAUCUAUGGAGGAAAGCUAGGGGAGAAGUCACAAACCAUGAUUAACUAUUUUCAGGGAAUGGAUGGUAUCUCUCCAAUCCCUGAAGGAUACAACCCAGCAACAUGGAUGCUAGAGGUUAGUACUCCCGCGGCCGAAGAAAAACUUGGUAUAGACUUUGCAGAGACCUACAAAUCUUCUGAUCAGUUUAGAGAGGUUGAAGCUUCAAUUAUGCAGUUCAGCGUUCCACCAGAAGGCUCAGGACCCCUUCACUUUGAGUCCACUUACUCGCAAAAUAUGAUAUCCCAAUUUAAGAUUUGCUUGUGGAAGCAAAAUCUUGUGUAUUACAGAAGCCCAAACUAUAAUGCUGUGAGGAUACUGUUCACUGUAGGGAGUGCAUUGAUCAUAGGCUCAGUGUUUUGGGAUAGAGGCUCCAAAAGGAGUACUACUCAAGAAGUAACAGUUGUCAUGGGAGCUCUCUACGCGUCAUCCAUCUUUCUUGGAGUAAAUAAUGCAUCUUCAGUACAACCGGUAGUUUCAAUUGAAAGAACAGUGUUCUACCGAGAGAAAGCAGCUGGGAUGUAUUCUCCAAUCCCAUAUGCGAUUGCUCAGGGACUGGUGGAGAUCCCCUACAUUAUUCUGCAAACGAUAUUAUACGCAGUCAUCACAUAUUUCAUGAUUCACUUCGAGAGGACAGCGAGGAAAUUUUUUCUGUACUUCAUAUUUAUGUUCCUCACUUUCACUUACUUCACCUUUUACGGCAUGAUGGCUGUUGGACUCACGCCAUCGCAACAUUUGGCAGCUGUCAUAUCCUCUGCAUUCUACUCAUUAUGGAAUCUCCUAUCUGGCUUCCUCAUUCCAAGGCCUAAUAUCCCUGGAUGGUGGAUAUGGUUCUACUAUAUAUGCCCAAUUGCAUGGACUCUACGAGGUAUUGUUACCUCCCAACUCGGUGACGUUGAAACAGUUCUUGUAGGACCCGGAUACGAGGGCACAGUCAAAGAUUACUUGAAAAGUAGCCUGGGGUAUAGCUCGGAUAUGGUAGGCGUCUCAGCCGUAGUGCUUGUAGGAUUCAGCGUCCUGUUCUUUUCUGCCUUUGCCUUCUCUGUCAAAUUCCUAAAUUUCCAAAAACGAUGAAGUUCAAAAGAUCUGUGAAGAAGCAUGUCAAGAUUAAAUACAGCGCCAAGGUUGGUAGUUAAAUCAAGACAUUAUACUGGAAAUUAUCUGGUAGCAGGAUGUCACAUUAAGGGAGCAUGUAGUGGAUUCUUAAGGGAAUACACAGGAGUAUGUUGACUCUUUGGCAUAAAGUUACCAAAUUAUCUGUGCAGUAUUUUAGAUAGUGCAGUAUUUUCUUCCUUGUUGUCUAAAGUUUCAGUUGAAUUAGCCUUUCUACACCUUCAGAUAUGUUGCUAGCCUACAUCAUUGUACUGCAGAAAACACAAAAAAGACUUCUAAUGAUUUCUUUUGCUGUCGUAGUUCAAACUUGUGUAUGGUCCGGAUCAAUACAAACACAUAUGCAUUCCUGUUUAACUGAAAUAUGAGUAUUUAAUUUCUUCU